AUGGAUAACAAUGGCGGAAAAGAAAUCAACAACAAUAUGUUUCGAUCUGACUUCAUGUUAGAACUUGAAGAAAUGAACAACCAUGAUUGGGACUUUGUGUUCCCAAACCAACUCGAAAACAAUCUCCCCUUUUCAACUAUGUUUGGCAAUAAUCAUGCUUUAGAAUUCGAUCAAUCAAACAUGUUUCAAACCAAUAUGUUUCAAACCAACAUGUUUCAAACCACAGCUGGACCCUCAAGUUUACAACCAUUACAAAACGUCCCUUCAGCAGAACCAAAUUCUUCGUUUCAGUUAAGGGAAGUUUUGGCUGUUCCUGAUGAGCUGAAGGAAGUAAAAGCCACCGAAAUCGGUUCUGCUUCUGGUUCUGUUUCUGCUUCUGCUUCUGCUUCUGCUUCUGCUUCUGCUUCUGCUUCUGGUUCUGGUUCGGGACGGAAGAGAAAGAGAGGUGAUCCGGCAAGGAAUUUAUUGGCAGAAAGGAGACGCCGAGAGAAGUUGAAUGAAAGAUUACUUGCCCUCCGGUCUCUGGUACCGAAUAUAACAAAGAUGGACCGAGCGUCUAUCCUUGGAGAUGCGAUCGCGUAUCUGAAAGAUCUUUCUGAGAAAAUUAAUAAACUUGAGCUCGAGCUUAACCCGGCCCGUACAACCUCUAUGCUGCCUCCAGCCGCCGCCCCUACUACCGCCGCUGGUCCUUCAAACAUUGGAGGACAGGUUUCUCCAAAUCCAAUUAGGAUCGAGGUGAGACGAAGUGAAGGUGGGGCGGUUGUUAUACACAUGAGUAGCGGUUGGAGACCGGGUUUGUUGCAUUCAAUCACAAAGACUCUCAAUGAUCUCGGUUUAGAGUUGCAACAAGCGGUCGUUAGCUCUUUCGAUGGCUUUACACUCGAUGUAUACCGCGCUCAGCAAAGCCGUGAAGUGAAUGAGGAUCAGAUAAAGGCGAAGCUGCUUGAAACAGUCGGGAACCAUGGUGUGGUGUAG